CAGUCGCUCUUGACUCUUCGACCAUCGAGAUAUCGGUGAAACAGACAAAACAAGAAGAAAUAUCGUGCGUGAUAGGCAAAUAAUCGGUUUAUUGCGAAAGUGAAAAUCGUCAUGAGAUUGCUCGAGUGUUUGGUGCCCGUGGUGGUGCUUCUAUUGAUUAAAAAUUCCUCCGCAAGACCAGGUGUAUUACGCGAUUUGGUCGGCGGCAAUGUUGGUAGUUUGCUGGACCCGUUAGGAAUUUUCAAGCCUAAGAGUACAAGCAGCCAAGCUAACGCCCAAGCUAACUCCCAAUCGGUAGGAGGAGGUUUAAAUCUCGGUCCGAUCGGAAUCGGAGGUGGAUUUUCCUCGUCUUCAGCCUCGUCGUCGGCGUCGGCGAACGGAGGUGGUUCGGCUUCAGCGAAAGCGGAUGCUCAAUCUCAAGGAUACGGAGGAUACGGCGAUUCCAACGCGCAAGCGUCCGCUAACGCUAAUGCACAAGGUGGUUAUGGCGGUUCUUCGGGAACCCUGGGGGGUUAUGGUGAUAAUGGCGUGAAUAACGGUUAUCACCGUCCCGGUGUCAGUCAGGUUCCUUAUCAAGUCAGUCAACCGAAUUACGGAAGUCACGGUGGCUCUCAGUCUAAUGCUAACGCUAACGCUAAUGCGAACGCCAACACCAUUGGCAAUGGUGGCAGUGGCGGAGCUUUUCCGGGCAGCUCUUAUUAUCCAGUACCUUCUGGACCUAAGGUCAUCGACAAUGCUAAUGCUAAUGCGAACGCGAAUGCGGCUGCAAACGCCGCGGGUGGCGGUGGAAUAAAUGUGGUCCCAGGCAAAUAUCCUGGCGGAAGAGUAGAUCAGAUAGAAGUAAUUCCGGUAAACACGUUACCGAUCUCUCAACCAACUCCUUCAGUAUAUCCAACGCCCCAACAGCCUUCCUAUCGACCAAUUUCUCAGGGAGUCGGUAAAGGAGACGCUGUGAUACCAAUUGUUAUCGUCGAAGAUUCACCAUCAGCGCAAUAUCCGCCGUAUCAUCAUCGUCCAGGUCAUCAUUAUCACCAUCGUCGGCCGCAUUACGGAGGUAAACCGAAGCAACAGCCCGUCGAGAUCAUCAUUAUCGAGGAGCCAGCACCUAACCAAGCUAAUGGUUACGGAAAUGGUGGUAUUCAAGGAACAUAUCCUGGACAACAAGGAUCUUAUGGUGGCAAUCCCUUCUUAUCAGGCGGCUCGGGAUCAAAUGCCAAUGCUAAUGCUAAUGCUAACGCUAACGCCAACGCUCAAGCAGGUGCAGGCAGUAGCGGCGGUAGCGGCGGUAUCUUAGGAGGACAUGGAAAUUACGGAGGACAACAAGGUAGCAAUUAUCCAGCAGUUCCAUCAAGUCCAGUCGGCGGAAACAAUCCGUUUUUAAACGGUGGAUAUUCCGGUGCCGGUAGUGAUGCCACUGCCAACGCUCAAUCCAAUGCAAACGCUGGAGCCAGUACUACCGGACAUCAAUCGAUAGGUGCAAAUAAUCCGUUCCUCAGUGGCGGCGCAUCCCAUGGUAACGCGGGAGGAGCAGGAGGAGUAAAAUAUCAACCAGGUGGUUCAGAUGGUAUUGUUUUGGGCGAGAAGCCCAAGGGCAUCCCUACAACAUAUCCCGGACAAUUUUCUGGAUCAGGACUUUCGGGCUCGCACGGAUCAGCAGGAGCUAACGCUGGUGCUAAUGCCAAUGCCGGUACUAUUGGAGGAGGACCAGUCAAAAGCAGUCCGAUAUCUGGAUCAGGCGGAUACGGCGGUUCUUCCGGAUCAACCGGUCUUGGUGGUUACGAAGGUCAAGGAUCAGGUGGUCCGAGCUUUGGUGGAUUCGGAGGACAAGCUGGAGGUUCAUCCGGUGCCAAUGCUAAUGCCAACGCUGGAGCUACUAGCGGAAGUAGCGGAACCGUCCUCGGAGGAUCCGGCGGCCAUGGAAGUAGCGGAACCGUUCUCGGAGGAUCUGGAAGUAACGGAGGAUUCGGUAGCAGCGGUGGAUAUGGACAAGACGGCUCUUCUGGGUCAAACCUUGGAGGAUAUGGUUCAUCUGGUGCCAAUUCUAAUGCCAACGCUGGAACUAGUAGCGGAAGUAGCGGAACCGUUCUCGGAGGAUCUGGAAGUAACGGAGGAUUCGGUAGCAGCGGUGGAUAUGGACAAGGCGGUUCUUCCGGAUCAAACCUUGGUGGAUAUGGCACAGGUUCUUCUGGUGCAAAUGCUAAUGCUGGUGCCGCUGGCGGAAGUAACGGAAUUGUUCUCGGAGGAUCUGGAAGUAACGGAGGAUUCGGUAGCAGCGGUGGAUAUGGACAAGACGGCUCUUCUGGAUCAAAUCUUGGAGGAUAUGGUUCAUCUGGUGCCAAUUCUAAUGCCAACGCUGGAACUAGUAGCGGAAGUAGCGGAACCGUUCUCGGAGGAUCCGGCGGUCAUGGAAGUAGCGGAACCGUUCUUGGAGGAUCCGGUAGUCAGGGAACUGUUCUCGGAGGAUUUGGUAGCAGCGGUGGAUAUGGACAAGACGGCUCUUCUGGGUCAAACCUUGGAGGAUAUGGUUCAUCUGGUGCCAAUUCUAAUGCCAACGCUGGAGCUACUAGCGGAAGUAGCGGAACCGUCCUCGGAGGAUCCGGCGGCCAUGGAAGUAGCGGAACCGUUCUCGGAGGAUCUGGAAGUAACGGAGGAUUCGGUAGCAGCGGUGGAUAUGGUCAAGGCGGCUCUUCCGGAUCAAACCUUGGUGGAUAUGGCACAGGUUCUUCUGGUGCUAAUGCUAAUGCUAAUGCUAAUGCUAAUGCUAAUGCUGGAGCCGCUGGCGGAAGUAACGGAAUUGUUCUCGGAGGAUCUGGCGGUCACGGAAAUGUCCCCGGAGGAUCUGGAGGUCAUGGAGGAUUCGGUAGUCAAGGCAGCGGUGGAUAUGGACAAGGCAGUUCUUCUGGAUCGAACCUCGGUGGAUAUGGCGGAGGCUCUUCUGGUGCUAAUGCUAAUGCAAACGCUAAUGCCAAUGCUGGAAGUUCAAGUAAUGUUCUUAGUGGAUACGGAGAUGGUGUUAAAGGAUCAGGCUCUGGACAUGGUGGAGGAUUCGGUGGAUUCGGCGGAUCAGCCGGAGGAGGCUCAAACGCCAACGCUCAAGCGUCUUCUAAUGCAAUUGCGUCCGGAAGUGGCUCGUCCAAAGCUAUCUCCGACGCUGUGUCCAACGCGCAUACCAACGGCGGAUCGGCAUCGGCGACCAGCUCCAGCAAAUCGUCAGCCUUCACAAAUGGAUCAGGAUCUGCGAAUGCCGACGCACACGCGUCCAGUGAUGCAUCUUCUGGAACUUAUGGUGAAAUAGGAUCAAAGAGUUCAGCCUCAAGCCAUGCGUCAUCCUCGGCCGACACCAGACAUAUGUUGAUCUUCAGUUAAACAUUGUGAUACAACGAAACAUACAGACGAGGAUCUCCUUAACUGCAAGAGCGACAUAAUACUCGUUAUUCAUGUUUUGAUACUUCACGAGUAAACGUAACCGAUGCGAAUAUGACGCAGUUAUUACUUAGUUUUAUGACGGAAUGUUAUAUAAAAUUAGAAACGUAUAUACCAUGACAUUAUCUAAUAAUAUGUUCAAAUUUAUAAUCAUGAGUUAUAAAUUUGUACGCAUCUUUAAGAAUCAUGAUCGUCAAUUGAAGCUGUUCUCGAAAUUGGAAUUAAUUUGAUUUUGAGAAUAGACAUUUUCAUUUGCAUACAUUCUUGAGCAUUUAUUAGAGAUUGUAUAAGAGUAAGUAGAUAAUCGAGAUGGUUUUAAAAUUUCUAGUAUAUUUAGAGCACUUAAAAAACCUUAACUUAAUACUUGUAUUUAUAUUUGUCCCACGAAAUACACUAGAGACAGAUCAAACAUUGUUUUGCUCAAUAUGAGGAAAUAUUUGACUAAAAUUAAAAAAUUGCGAUGUUAGAAUUUAAGAUAAACAAUCCUUUGAAUACAAGUGAAAAGAAAUAAUCUAUAAACGAAACUGAUGUUUAAAUUAGUUAAUCGAGGAUGACGUAUCUGUCUCAGAUCAAAUCACUUUUAUACUAAGCAUUUAUAAGGUUUUAACUGAAUACUCUCUUUUUACUUAUAAGUAUACUUAAAUUAUAUAGCUGCGUUUAGAUCGCCUUCUUUUAACUUUGGACCUGUGAUUCAUAUGAAACGUGCCAAAAUGCUGAAAUAUUAUAAUAAUUAUAAGAAUAUAAGAAACAAUAUAUAAUGUACUCAAAUGUUGUCCGUGAAAUUCAAAUCCUGGUUAAAAUAAUUAUUGUUUUAUCUUUUAUUUCUUGCUCUUUGCUUUAUGCAAUACGUUCGUAUAAAAAGAAAUCGUAUUGAUUAUUCUUCAGAUUUCGAAAAAUAAAUGCGGUUUCAAUUGUACAAUUCAUAAAGAAUAAUUGCUGAAUAAGAUCUUCGAGAGAGAUCAAAUUAAAUAUAUUUGCAUCUUUCUGCAUUUUCUUUCGAAAUCAUAGAUUAACAGCAUACUUUGUAUUCUAUGUCGUACAGUUUUAUUAGUAAUUUAUCCAAAAGCACUAAUACUUUAAAUCAACAAAUCACUUACUAAAUAAUCCUUGUUAUUUUUUUCAUUUUUUAAUAUUGUUUUGUGAUAAAGACGUGAUUGUAACAUAUAUUUUUUUUUAAAUUUGAUAACAAUAUUAAAAAUUGUUGAGGUAGAUUUUUUAUGCCUUUCCUCAACGUCACAUAAUGUUUAGUUAAUAUUUAUUUGUAGUACUGUUUUUUAUAAAAACGUAAUUUCUAUCUUUAAAUUGUAAUUCUUUGCUUGUCUUUAGCAGGCAAAGAGAAAAGAGAAGAGAGAUUUCUAGAUAUUUCUUUAAUUUGGCGCAAGAUAAAUUGUUUGUGUAACUUGAAGUAUACUUUCUGCGUGACAAAAACUCUCGCGCAUUUAUCAGCAGACACGACAAUGGCAAUAUAUUUAUAUUUUGUCAUAUCAUAUCGUAUGGUACAAUUUAAAUCAGCUUUUGUCAUAUUGCUUAAAUUUUUUUUACAAGGCAAAUCUAUAUCCAAACAAUGUAACAAAUGUGUAAAUAUAAGAAAUAAAAAGGCCUAUAAUUUAUGUCUACUAUUA